UUGCGCAGGUAUUGCUCUCCAACAGUUCAUGCCCGUAAAGAGCAGGGCCGAUGUGAUGAUAUCUGGUCGCUGAUCUAUGUUCUUGUUGAACUGCAUGUCGGAUUGCCAUGGCAUGGUAUAAACGAAAAAGAAGUAGGUUUAAUGAAGUGUAAAAUAGCCGACGAAACAUUAAUGGAGAAUUGCCCGCGUGAGUGGAUCUUUAUAAUGAAGCACGUGCGAACUCUGACCUACGAAUCAAGGCCAGACUACAAAAAAAUAUACGACUUGUUGAUGGAUUGCAUGAACCGGCUGAAAGUUUCCUUCUCCGAUCCAUACGACUGGGAAGAUGCAGAUUUAAUUGAU